CUCCGGCGUGACGGGAGAACGGGCGCCGGCUGCCCGCGCUGCGAGCGGCCGAGCUGUCAGCGGGCGGACCAGCUGAGCUGAGCCUGACCCAGACGAGCCGCGAGCACGGUCCUCGCCGCCCGGAGCCGGAGCUGCGCAGCUUGACGGUCCGAGUGCACCCGAGCCACCAUGCUGCUGCUCGCCCUGCCGAGGGUUCGGGGCAGGGGCGGGGGGCGAGCGGCCGAGGGUCCCCGCCGCGCGCGCUCCCCCUGGAGCCCCGCCUGGAUUUGCUGCUGGGCGCUCGCCGGCUACCAGGCAGCCUGGGCUGGGGACUCGCCCUCCUCCGGCCGCCCGCUUCCUGCCUGCCAGGAGAAAGAUUACCACUUUGAAUAUACAGAAUGUGAUAGCACUGGCUCCAGGUGGAGGGUCGCCAUUCCGAAUUCUGCAGUGGAUUGCUCUGGCCUGCCUGACCCAGUGAGAGGCAAAGAAUGCACUUUUUCCUGUGCCUCUGGAGAGUACCUAGAAAUGAAGAACCAGGUAUGCAGUAAGUGUGUUGAAGGCACCUACUCCUUGGGCAGUGGCAUCAAAUUUGAUGAAUGGGAUGAGUUGCCGGCAGGAUUUUCCAACGUUGCCACAUUCAUGGACACUGUGCUGGGCCCUUCUGACAGCAGGCCAGGUGGCUGUAACAACUCUUCUUGGCUUCCUCGUGGGAACUACAUAGAGUCCAACCGGGAUGACUGCACUGUGUCUCUGAUCUACGCCGUGCACCUUAAGAAGUCAGGCUAUGUCUUCUUUGAGUACCAGUACGUGGACAACAACAUCUUCUUUGAGUUCUUUAUUCAGAAUGACCAGUGCCAGGAGAUGGAUGCCACCACAGACAAAUGGGUGAAACUCACAGACAAUGGAGAAUGGGGCUCCCAUUCUGUGAUGCUGAAAUCAGGCACCAAUAUUCUGUACUGGAGGACGACAGGCAUCCUUAUGGGUUCCAAGGCAGUCAAGCCUGUGCUAGUAAAAAAUAUCACCAUCGAAGGGGUGGCGUACACCUCAGAGUGCUUCCCAUGUAAGCCAGGCACUUUCAGCAGCAAACCAGGCUCAUUUAACUGCCAAAUGUGCCCCCGAAACACAUACUCUGAGAAGGGUGCGAAAGAAUGCAUACGGUGUAAGGAGGACUCCCAAUUUUCAGAGGAAGGAGCCAGUGAGUGUAUGGAUCGCCCACCCUGCACUACCAAAGACUAUUUCCAGAUCCAUACCCCAUGUGAUGAAGAAGGAAAGACACAGAUAAUGUACAAGUGGAUAGAGCCGAAAAUCUGCAGGGAGGGCCUCACGGAUGCUAUCCGGCUGCCCCCUUCUGGAGAGAAGAAGGAUUGUCCCCCUUGCAACCCAGGAUUCCAUAACAAUGGAUCUUCUUCUUGCCAUCCCUGCCCUCCGGGGACAUUUUCAGACGGAACAAAGGAAUGCAAGCCAUGUCCAGCAGGAACAGAACCAGUGCUUGGGUUUGAGUAUAAAUGGUGGAAUGUCCUUCCUGCCAACAUGAAGACUUCCUGCUUCAAUGUUGGGAAUUCCAAGUGUGAUGGAAUGAACGGUUGGGAAGUAGCUGGAGACCACAUCCAGAGUGGAGCUGGAGGCUCUGACAAUGACUACCUCAUCUUAACAUUGCACAUCCCGGGAUUUAAACCACCAACCUCUAUGACUGGAGCCACAGGCUCUGAGCUGGGAAGGAUAACGUUUGUCUUCGAGACCCUCUGCUCAGCUGACUGUGUUCUGUACUUCAUGGUGGAUAUAAACAGAAAAAGUACCAAUGUGGUGGAAUCAUGGGGAGGAACCAAAGAAAAGCAAGCAUAUACCCACGUCAUCUUCAAGAAUGCAACAUUUACAUUUACCUGGGCAUUCCAGAGAACUAAUCAAGGUCAAGAUAACAGACGUUUCAUCAAUGAUGUGGUGAAGAUUUAUUCUAUCACGGCCACUAAUGCAGUUGAUGGGGUGGCAUCCUCAUGCCGUGCCUGUGCCCUUGGUUCUGAGCAGUCAGGCUCAUCAUGUGUACCCUGCCCCCCAGGCCACUACAUCGAGAAAGAAACCAACCAGUGCAAGGAGUGCCCUGCUGACACCUACCUGUCCAUCCAUCAGGUCUAUGGCAAGGAGGCUUGCAUUCCCUGUGGGCCUGGAAGUCAAAGCACCCAGGAUCACUCCACUUGCUACAGUGACUGCUUCUUCUCCUACGAAAAGCAGAACCAGAGUCUGCACUAUGACUUCCGCAACCUCAGCAGUGUGGGGUCGCUAAUGAACGGCCCCAGCUUCACCUCCAAGGGAACCAAAUACUUCCAUUUCUUCAAUAUCAGUUUAUGUGGGCAUGAGGGGAGAAAGAUGGCUCUCUGUACUAACAACAUCUCAGACUUCACAGUGAAGGAAGUGAUGACAAGCUCAGAUGACUACACCAAUUUGCUUGGAGCAUUUGUAUGCCAGUCAACUAUUAUUCCUUCUGAAAGCAAGGGCUUCCGGGCAGCCUUGUCAUCCCAGUCUAUCAUUCUGGCAGACACGUUUUUAGGUGUCACGGUUGACACUGCCUUGCAAAACGUUCAUAUUAAGGAAGAUAUGUUCCCAGUGUCUCCAAGCCAAAUACCAGAUGUGCAUUUCUUUUAUAAGUCUUCCACGGCCACCACAUCUUGUAUUAAUGGCCGAUCGACUGCUGUGAAAAUGCGGUGUGAUCCCAUGAGACCUGGUGCAGGCGUGAUUUCAGUCCCCAGCAAGUGUCCAGCUGGCACCUGUGAUGGCUGUGCAUUCUACUUUCUAUGGGAGAGUGCAGAGGCUUGCCCUCUGUGCACAGAACAUGACUUCCAUGAAAUCGAGGGGGCGUGCAAGAGAGGACUUCAGGAAACAUUGUAUGUAUGGAAUGAACCCAAGUGGUGCAUUAAAGGGAUCACUUUGCCUGAGAAAAAGUUAUCAACCUGUGAAGCAGUUGACUUUUGGCUGAAAGUGGGGGCUGGUGUGGGGGCAUUCACAGCCGUUCUGUUGGUGGCUCUAACGUGCUACUUUUGGAAAAAGAAUCAAAAGCUGGAAUACAAAUAUUCUAAAUUAGUAAUGACUACUAACUCAAAAGAGUGUGAGCUCCCAGCUGCAGACAGCUGUGCUAUCAUGGAAGGAGAAGAUAACGAAGAGGAUGUUGUAUACUCCAACAAACAAUCGCUACUAGGGAAACUUAAAUCUUUGGCCACGAAGGAAAAAGAUGACCACUUUGAAUCUGUUCAGCUGAAAUCCUCAAGAUGCCCCAAUAUCUGAAGAGACAGUUCUGUAGCAUUCAGACUGAUGAGCGAGGACACCUGAUCUUUAGUUUUUCAGGACCUCUUAGGACCUGUCCUCACACCUGUCACGUCUGUGACGUCACAGAGGAGGCGUGCCACCGAGCGGGGGAGGCAGAUAUACUGAUUGCCUUAUAACACAUUACAUACUUGGUCAAACUACAGAAGACAGAUGAUUUGGGUCUCACUGAAGAUGAAGCUUAACUCAGGAAGAGAUUUAGCUGUAUAUACACAUAACUGAAACCCACUUUUAAGCCCACCAAUGCACUGCUGAUGCAUGCCAUAUAAUUACUGGGUAACUUUAAUUCUUUAUGAUGUCUACAUUUAAAAAAAAAUGUGUGUUGGAAGGAAGACAUAAGCAUAUGCCUUGUGUUCCCAUAUAUGUCUUAGUCUUGUAAUUUGGGGAAGAUUUGAAAAAAUUUGCUAUAAUUAUUUUUUCCUUUAUUUCUCCAAGACUUGCAAACAUCUUUUCUAUUAAAAUGGUGAGUGAUGAAAGACAAUAAAUUUUCAGAGGAUAUUUUCUCUUGACUUUGGAAGCCUAGGAUAUCAGUAAUGUUUUGUGAAGUUAUUUACUUGGGUUAUCAAAGCUGAUAAUUGCUUUUAAAAUUUCACCUUUGUCAGAACUGGUCUGAAGAAUUUAACUAAUUGCUUGAAGGGACCUUAAGGGGGAGGGAGUGAAAUCUAAGGAGAAACCUCAACAUUCCCUUAAUACAAACAGUCCGGUAUUAUGAGAAGUCAGAGGGCUUAAAGCCAUGUGAGUGUUGCUGAAGAAUAAAGCAUGUGGCACCCCUUGUUUAUCAGACCCUGCACAGUCAUGAAGGAGGAGAAGGAAUGUCUCCAAGUACAGAUAACUGCUUGUUUGGGCAGCUCAAGGUCUCCACAGAUGUCCCUGGGCUUUUCCUUCACUGCAGGCAGACCCCUAGAGCUUUGGUGAUUUUUUAUUUUUUCUUUGUUACAAGAUUUUGAGGAUCCUGAAUUUCUUGGAUUUUAUUUUUAGCCAAUAAGGAAGAAAUUCAAUUUUUGAAACACAUAUCCUUGUAUUCAGAGUAAGAAUCUUAUUAACAGCUAUGGAAUGCAUAUUGUUCCUGUUUAAAAGCAAUCCAGAAAAUUGUGACAUUCCUUAUGAUGGAUUAUGAGUAUUAGUGUGACUUGGAUAUUAUUUUUGGAAGAAGUUUGAAGGUGAAUUUGACCAAUUUUAAGUAUAAACUUUUAGAACUGGGAAGGAGGAGAGUAUCUUUCCUGUUGUUGGUCUAAGAUGUUCUGUUUUGUUUCCAGUAAACUGUAAUCUUUAAAAAAAUUAAAAGAGAUUUUUGAUUGGCUGAAGGAGGCAAGGCCCAUGGGUAGGUUUUAACUAUGUUUUUGCCCGAGGUGUUUCAAUGACUUAUAAUGUUUGAUUCUGUGGGUGAUGUAGUCUUUAUUUUUGUGAAAAAUGAGAGAAAAAUGAAUAAAUGAAUAAUUGUGCUUAUUGGCCAGUGGGUAAAAAACUGGACCUUUUUGCCAUCACUAAAAGAAUGGUUUUUUGUGUGUGCGUGUGUGUAUGUACUUGCUAUUAAAUAUAGACGUAGAUGAUGCUGUGCUAUUGUCUGUCUAGGAUUGAAGAGAAUGUUAUUUAGCACAAUUUCUUGGAUAUUCUUUGGAAGAAGAGAUGGUUUUGGCUUUGCUCAUUUUUACCCCACUAUCAGAGUGUUGGCGUUCUUUCCCUAUCAAAAUAAUCAAAGUUUAGUCAUAAGAGCGGAAGAACACUUGAAAUUUGAUGCAGAGGCAGCCAGCGGGAGUGUGCAGACUGGCCAGUCAGCCAGCUGCUUCUACUGCUCCUCCUCCUCCUCAACACACAGCUUCCAAGCCAUAGAGAUAAUUGGGAUUUGCUGCAGGUAAUUCUUCCUUCACUUGUCACUGGGCUAAAAUCUCUGACAGGUCAAAAAUGCCUUAAAUUUUAAUGAACUCUGAAAAUGCAGUUGGUAUUGAAGAAGUUAUUUAUUUUAUUUCUAAUUUUAGAUAUUAAAUAGACUUUUGUCAGCUCAGUCCCAUCUUUGGAUUCCCCUGGCUUGUCAUUUUAUUCUAAGAAUGAUGGCAGAGAGAAUAUUAUGAGGAGAAUAUGCAGACCAAUUUUAGCUAUAUAAUUCUGCUUAGUUUUAUGUAUGGCCUUUGAUAAGCCUAGUAAAAUGUUGAAAGGUAUAAACAAAUUAUUAUGUUUCUAUGACUUCAUUGACAUUUACUUCCUCCAUCACUACCAGUGCUAGAAAAAUAUGUUAUUUUUUCCUAAAAGGAAUACUUUGGAGCCUAAAAUACUUCAUUAAGUCAACUGUUGCCUAUAACAUCUCUUAGCACUAUAUCAAAACAUACUUAAGUCAGUUUCCCACUGGAUGAGAACAUGGAUAAGUUACAUUAUGCCAUUUAACAAUGUUGAGCAAUUUGAUACGUAUUUACUCGAUUUAAAAGACUGAAUUUUAUUAUUAUUGACCUUUCCCCUCUUGGUUACUAAUAGUCAUAACUUUCUUAGGAUUAAAAACAUUUCAUAGUA